AUAAGGGAUCUGUUGUGGGAAACAUCGUGCAGGAUCUCGGACUGGAUGUUAAAAGACUGAAAUCUGGUCGAGCGCGGAUCUUUACGGAGGACAGUCGUGAGUACAUCGGUCUAAAUGUAGAUAAAGGGACUCUGGUAGUGAGAGAGAGGAUAGAUAGAGAGGAGCUGUGCGGCCAGAUCACUCCGUGCUCCUUACAUUUUCAGAUCAUUCUAGAAAGCCCGAUGGAGCUGCAUAGAAUUGAUGUAGAAGUGUUAGAUAUCAAUGAUAAUGCUCCGGUUUUUGCAAGAAAGGAAAUUAAUAUAGAAAUUGGUGAAUUAGCCGUCCCUGGAGCUCGUUUUUCUUUAGAUAGCGCACAUGAUCCGGAUGUAGGAAUGAAUACACUUCAAAGAUACACGGUUAAUCCAAUCGAUCAUUUUUCAAUAAAUGAGAUAACUGGAAACGACGGAAUAAAAUACGCUGAAAUGGUUUUAAAAUCGCCGCUUGAUAGAGAAGAACAAGAGGAGCUUAAUUUAAUUUUAUCAGCAUUUGAUGGAGGCACUCCUCCUAAGUCAGGAAUAGUAAAAAUUCGUGUAAUUGUCAUGGAUGCAAAUGACAAUGCUCCACAGUUUAGUCAGUCUGUUUACACGGCUUCAUUGUUAGAAAAUUCACCAAAAGGCACCGUUGUUGCCACUGUGAGCGCAUCAGAUAGAGAUAAAGGAGCAAAUGCGGACGUCAUCUACUCAUUUUCUCAAAGUUCUGGAAGAGUUUUAGAUAUGUUCACAAUUGAUGCUCAGACAGGUGAUAUCAGUGUUAACGGAGACCUAGAUUUUGAGAAGACCAAGCAAUUUCAGUUAAAUGUAGAAGUAACAGAUCAAGGAGGUUUAAAAGACUCAAGCAAAAUCGCAAUUGAAUUAAUUGAUGUUAACGACAACGCCCCUGUUAUGAGUAUAAUUUCCUACUCUAAUCCAGUUGCCGAGGACUCCGCUCCUGGAACUGUUAUCGCGAUGUUAAAUGUGAAAGAUUUAGAUUCUGGCAAAAACGGUCAAAUAAAAUCUUCAAUUGGUCCAAAUGUACCAUUUAAAAUACAGUUGUCUUCAUCCAACUUUUACAGCCUAGUAACUGAUCGAGUAUUGGACCGGGAGACUACACCUGAAUAUAAUAUAACAAUAACAGCUACUGAUGAGGGUUCUCCUUCAUUCUCUACCAAUAAAACUCUAAAUCUGAAAAUAUCUGAUGUAAAUGACAACCCACCUCUGUUUCAGCAUCAGUCAUACACUGCUUAUGUGUUGGAAAAUAACACACCUGGAGUGUCUAUAUUCGCAGUGACAGCAGCUGAUAAAGACUCUGGUAACAACGCGCGUAUUUCCUAUUUUCUUGAGGAUAUUCUCCUAAAUGGAGUUUCAGCCUCGACGUAUAUUUCAGUGAAUGCAGAGAGCGGAGAGAUUCUUGCAGUUCGCUCUUUUGAUUACGAGCAAACCAAAGAGUUUCACAUUCGUGUAAAGGCGCAGGAUGGAGGAAAUCCUCCUCUCAGCAGCAAUGUGAGUGUGAAAAUAGUGAUUCAGGAUCAAAACGACAACUCGCCUCAGGUUCUGUACCCAGUGCAGACUGGGAGCUCUGUGGUG